AUGAGCUGUGAAACAGCUCCAGUAGGUGCUCCACAAGAAGUAGCAGGAGGUUUGGUUGUAGCAGGGGCACAGAUAUCCGAGACAGCAGAUGAAAUUGCACUCGAGAUUGCAGCAGAUGAAGCAGCAGCGGAACUAGCGGGUUCAGAGGCACCCGAAGUGACACCGCUGGUAGCCGACGAAGCAAUACCGGAAGUGACGGCACCAGACGAAGCAGCUUCAGAAGAGGCAGCACCAGAAGCAGCUGAUGAAGCACCAGUAGCACCAGAUGACGUAGAUCCAGAAGAGGAAGCGCCAGAUGUGGCAGAGCCAGAAGCACCUGAAGAAGCAGCACCCGAAGUGGGCGAUCCAGAAGCGCCGGAUGAAACACCGCUAGCACCGGACGAAGCAGCUCCAGAUGUAACACCACCGGAGUGGGGAGCCACACCGCCGGAAGAGGCAGAACCUGUAGCAGAGCCCGAGCCAGUUGAAGGAACAGAUGUGGCAGGACCAGAAGCACCAGAAGAAGCGGCACCAGAAGCGCCAGAUGAAGCGGAUCCAGAAGCGCCAGAUGAAGCACCGCUAGCACCGGACGACGCAGCUCCAGAAGAAGCAGCACCUGAAGUAGCUGAGCCAGAAGCACCAGAAGAGGCAGCACCUGAGGAAAUACCACUAGCACCAGAAGAAGCGGCACCAGAAGUAGCUGAGCCAGAAGCACCAGAUGAAGCAGCACCUGAGGAAACACCACUAGCACCAGAAGAAGCGGCGCCAGAAGUAGCUGAGCCAGAAGCACCAGAUGAAGCAGCACCUGAGGAAACACCACUAGCACCAGAAGAAGCGGCGCCAGAAGUAGCUGAGCCAGAAGCACCAGAUGAAGCAGCACCUGAGGAAACACCACUAGCACCUGAAGAAGCGGCGCCAGAAGUAGCUGAGCCAGAAGCACCAGAAGAAGCAGCGCCAGAAGUAGCUGAGCCAGAAGCACCAGAAGAGGCAGCACCUGAGGAAACACCACUAGCACCUGAAGAAGCGGCACCAGAAGUAACUGAGCCAGAAGAACCUGAGGAAAUACCACUAGCACCAGAAGAAGCGGCACCAGAAGUUACAGAGCCAGAAGCACCGGAAGAAGCUGAACCGGAAGUGGGAGAUCCAGACGAGACAGCACCAGACGAAACGGCACCAGAAGAAGCAGCACCUGAAGUAGCAACUCCAGAAGAGACAGCGCCAGAUGUGGCAGAUCCAGAAGCAACGGAUGAAGCACCGCUAGUAGCAGAUGAAGCAGCACCCGAAGUGGGAGAUCCAGAAGCACCCGAGGAAGCACCGUUGGCACCAGAUGAAGCAGCGCCAGACGAAGCAGCACCGGAAGAAGCAGCGCCCGAAGUGGCAGAACUUGCAGCACCAGAGGAGGCUGCACCUGAAGAUAUAGCAACUGAUGAACUGGAUCCAGAUGAAACACCCGAAGUGAUGAGAGAACUACUUUGA